AUGUUUAUUUUAUUUAUAAUUUCGAAAUUCACUUUGGGAUGUCAGAUCAAUGGUUAUGAAUCAGGGGUGUGUUCACAAAGAGUCUAAAUAUCUGAUGGAGUAGAAUUCUGUAAUUAUGAGCUAGACGAUUACAUUUGCGUUCCUGAACUGAGAGUAGAUUUGUGAAUAUAUUUUAGAAUUUGUGGCCAGACCAUACAAUUGAAAAUAGAGACAAAGAAAUUCGAUUGGAUUUUGUGGCCUAUAUCAGGGACAGAUUAGUUUAGGAAAUCAAUGGGGAGGUAGAUAGCGUGUUAAUCAAAGACGAUACCUGUUACAAAGCAUAUAAACAAUUUUUGUGUAAAUGGAAUUUCCCUCCUUGUGACUAAACCACAAAUCUGACGAUUCCGAUUUGUCAGAGCUACUGCACUUCAUAUUACGAAAAUUGCGGAUUGAAUUUGACACCCUGCCUGCAAUAUUUCUAGAAAUUAGUAUAAUUAAUUGAAUUAUUAUUAAGAAACCAGGUUUAGAUUAAAAUUGCUGA